UACUACUAGUCUUCUUCACCUUUUUUUCCUGUGCGUCUUCCCGUUGCUGCGCGUACACGAUUGAGGCGCGGGCGCGCGGCUAGACUCUGGAUGGCUCAUCCUCAUUGUGCCGUCAAGCCGUGCUGCUGCUUCUGCUGCUGCUGCCUCCUCGUCGCCGCCGUGCUCGCCGUCGCCGUCUUUCUGGCCAUGUCGCCGCCCGCCGCCGCCGCCGCCGCCGCAUCGUCGUCACAACCAGCGGCGGCGGCGGCAUUGCAACGGGCCGAGACGACGGCGACCAUGUACACCGCGAAGGAGUUGCGGGAGAAGCAGGACGUGACCAAGGGCGCGGAGGAGGACGUGACCACGACGACGACGACGACGGGGUUCGGCGCGGAGUCGGAGAGGGAGGUGCCCACCGGGCCGGACCCGAUCCACCACCACGGCCGGGGGCCCAGGCGGCAGUCACCGUGAGUGCGAAUCCCCCGUCGCCGUCGCCGGGUUAACGAAUCGGGCGUGAACCCAGAAUCCCAUGAGACGCGAUGGUCUAUGAAAGAAAGAUUGUGCUCUUCAAUUCGUUUUGCUGAAUCUGUGAUGCACUUGGGGAUUUUAUUCAGAUUCAUUUCUUGCUGUAGGGAACACAGUAGUAUGUCUGAAGAACUAGGCAGCUAGCUUACCACCAUUAUCUUUGUUUUUUGCAUACCAAACUAAGGAAAAAAAAUACGAUUCAUAAGUUCUCCCUAAGUUCUUCUUCCUAAGGAAUCUUUGCAUGCUUCCGGAUAGUUCCUCUUUACUCUCUCUUCUUGUAUUGUGAUGGAUUUGAGUUUUGAACAGGGAGCUUGUUCCUGUUCAAGUAUUCUGUAUGUUGAUGCAUGAUUGAUUGUUCAAGUUGAGGAAAGAAGCAGCAAAACUUUUUGUUC